AUGUCGCACAGCAGGCAGCUCCAGAAAGCUGCUCGGGUUAUUCUCAUUGGAGCGCCCGGGGUCGGAAAAGGCACGCAGUCUGAGCGUUUGCUUUCUCGAUUUCCGCAGCUGGCCUCUAUUAGCUCCGGAGACCUUCUCAGAGAGAAUGUGCGCCGAAGGACACCUCUUGGUGUUGAAGCUGAGGCUGCAAUGCAGUCUGGCAACCUUGUCCCCGACUCAAUGAUACUCAACCUCAUCUCCUCCGAACUGAAAUCCAAGGGCUGGCUUACCCCAUCGACACAAUCGUCCUCUUCAAUCUCUACAUCAUCCUCAGCUCGCGAAUCCUUAACACUAUCUCCCACCGCUUCUUUUAUCCUCGAUGGAUUCCCUCGUACCGCUCCUCAAGCAACAAGCUUGGAUACCCUCGUUCCCGUCAACUUCGUCCCCUCCGGUCGUGUAUACAACACAGACUUCCAUGCGCCCAAGGUUCCCGGCAAGGACGAUGUCACCGGUGAACCACUCACCCAGCGACAGGACGAUUCCAUCGAUACAUGGAAGCAACGCCUGCGCAAGUUCGAGGAAACAAGCCGAGCCCUGCUUGAGCAUUACGAUCGUCGCGGUUGCCUUUGGCGCGUUGAAGGAAACAGCAGUGACGAGAUUUCACCGCAACUGUUUGCGGAGGUUGAGCGACGGUUCUGCUAG